UUAACAGUAAACAAAACAGCAGACGUAAUUUCCUAAAACUGUGACGACUUGUACAGCCCAGUUCUAUUUAGAACAGUUUUCUGACACAAGAAUUGGAUAAUACGUUUGAGAAAACUUUGUUAGCAAUGACAGAACCCGUAACAUUUAAAAAUGUUAAAAUAAAAGGAAUUAUGUCACUAAUGCCGGUGAGGAGAACUUUCCGAUUUGAUGCGCCAAUAUUUGAGGAGUUUAUCGAAUCGUCCAGUAACUUGCACGAAAGCUUACCCAAGAAAGACGAAUACGAUGUGAUACAAAUUCAAGACCAAAAUCUGCCAAUACUCCACGAGAACAGUUUAAGUGGUAUUCAUCUUAGAAGACUAGAAAUCAUUUCUUGCAAUUUGAAGGAAAUAGAAGCAAAUGCCUUUAACAAUGCAAAAAUCAAACUCAUCAGUUUAGAAAAUAAUGCUUUAGAAGAAAUUAGAAAUAGUAUGUUUAACAACUUAAAGGUUGACUUUUUGAGUUUGAAGAAAAAUAAUAUUCAGAAGAUAGAAGAAGCAGCAUUUCAGAACUUGCCACUACAAAAACUUGAUUUAUCCCAUAAUAAAUUAAAGGAAAUUGAAGCGGACCAGUUUAAAGGUGCAUCCAUUGUUAGACUGGAUUUACAUGACAACAUGAUAAGUCAUAUUGAACCGGAAUUGUUCACAACAUUGAACAGUAUUAAAGAACUAUCUCUGAAAAACAAUGAUUUCAGAGCAAUCGAUAGAAUUUUUAAUAGCAUACCUACUCUCAGUGAUAUCGAUUUGGAAGGAAACAAUUUGACUGAUCUACCAAGAAAUAUGUUUAAUAACUCACUUAAUCUUGGAUGGGUCCGUUUAAGGAAUAAUAAAUUGACGAAUAUCAGAAAGGGUAUUUUCAAUGUCUUACCACAACUCGAACUGAUUGAUUUGAGAGAUAACCAAAUAGAAACCAUACAGGAAGGUGCUUUUGAAAACCUACCCAAACUAAAGUAUUUAUUUUUAUCCAACAAUAAAUUAAAAGAAGUCAAAGCCGGUGUAUUUAAUAAUAUAACCGCGGGUGAUGUAGAUUUGAGAGACAAUAAAAUAAUACGCAUAGAAGAUCUAGCAUUCAAAAAUUCUAAAAUACACUAUUUAAAACUUGAACGUAAUAGUUUAAAUGAACUGCAAGGUAAAAUGUUUAAAGACGCGUCUAUUGGCUUCUUGCACUUAGCCCACAAUAAUAUAGGAAUUAUAGACACAGAAGUGUUCAAUAUUAUGAAAUCUAUCUCACUAAUUUUUUUGGAAGGAAACAAUUUAACAGAGAUUAAUAAAGGUAUGUUCGACAAUCCUUCUAUCACGGGAUUGUUUCUUAGAAACAACAAGAUAAAUAAAAUUGAGGUAGAUGCUUUUGCGAAUUUAAGAUCUCUAGGUUUCCUUAUUCUAGAAAAUAAUGAUAUUUCUGAAAUAGACGACAAAGUUUUUGAAAAUCUUAAGUCAUUGUUUAAUUUGAACUUGGGUGGUAAUAAAAUCCAAGAAUUGGGUAGUAAGGUAUUUGAGCACUUGGUAAAAUUACAGGAGUUCGCUAUUGGUGACAACCAUACUUAUAAUUUUAAAUAUGACAUGUUAAAACGUCAAGAAAGUACUAAAGAAGUUAAUACAUCUGAGCACAGUUACAUUAUCGGUAACUCAUUCGUCCGAAAAAUGGCAGAGGCGAAUACAUUCGAGGAGGUAAAAGUCGAGGGACUCCUGAGCGUGAAGUUGAUACAGAAUGGUUGGGGAGGCUGUGAAUUUGACGUGCCGGUAUUUGAAGAAACGAUUACAUCCUCCAAUAAAUUACGAGAGAAUUUACCAGAGAGAGACGAUUACGAUGCAGUAAGAAUUAAAGACCAAACCGUACCAAUUCUUUGCGAAAACAGCCUGAGUGACAUUAAUUUAAAAUCACUCAAAAUAGAUUCUUGUCAAUUGAAAGAUAUUGAAACAAACACAUUCAACAAUUCGGCAGUGGAAACGAUCAUCUUAGAAAAUAAUUUACUAGAAGAAAUUAAGAAUGGCAUGUUUAAUAACUUAAAAGUAAACAUUUUGAAUUUAAAUAAAAAUGAGAUACGAAAUAUAGAGAAUGGGGCAUUCCAAAACUCGCCAUUGGAAUUGCUUGUUCUAUCCAGUAACAAGUUGGAAGAAAUUAAAACAGAUUAUUUUGAAAAUACAUCUAUAACAUCACUUGAUUUAGCUGAUAAUAUUAUAAGCCGCGUUGAUCCAGAGUCGUUCAGAGUAAUAAGCAAUUUAAAAAAUGUAUCACUGAAAAAUAACAACGUAGAAGAAAUUGAAGGUAUGUUUAACGAUUUACCUACCAUUAACGACAUAAACUUGGAAGGGAACAAGUUGGUCGACCUACCAACAAAUGUAUUUGAUAACUCGCUUAACCUUGGAUGGAUACGUAUAAAGGGCAAUAAAUUAACAGAGAUCAAAAAAGGCGUUUUUGAUAACUUACCAUCAGUCGAGCUGAUUGAUUUAUCAGACAAUCAGAUAACAGACAUAGAAGAAGGUGCUUUCGAAAACCUGUCCCAAUUGAAGUAUUUAUAUUUGUCAAAUAAUAACCUCAACAAAAUUAAAGCAGGAAUAUUCAACAGCAUAGAGUCUUUGCAUAGUUUAUAUCUGGACAAUAAUAACAUACAAAAUAUAGAAGAAGCCGUAUUUGGAAACACACACAUCUAUGAACUAUUUCUGGGCAAUAACAACUUGAAAGAGCUCCGAAAUAAAAUAUUUCAGAGUACAUCAAUCGACAGUCUACACCUGAACAAAAACAACCUAGAAACAAUAGAACCAGAGGUGUUUGAGGAAAUGAAAUACAUCGGUUUCAUUUUCUUGUCGGACAACAAUUUAACGGAAAUCAAAAGCGAGGUAUUCCGCAACAUACCAAUCUCAGCACUGUCAUUCAAGAACAACAAAAUAAGUAAAAUAGAAGUGGGCGCUUUCGAAGACACAACCACAACCUACCUUGAUUUAAGCAAUAAUGAAAUUGAAGAAAUCGACGAUGAAGUUUUUGAAAACCUUAAAUCCCUUAGACACUUAAACUUAAUCGGUAACGGAAUCAAAGAAUUAGGUAGCAACAUUUUAGAGGACCUGACGGAUUUGGAAGAGCUAAUUAUUGGCGAUCAGUCGAGUGCUACUAAUGGCGAGGCUGCAGCUGCCGAAUAGGGAAAUUAGCGAUAUACAAAGCGUUCCAGAAAUAAGUUCCAAAGUUUUAAUCAUGCAUUCAACUCAUCAAAAGCAACAACUUUGGUCUAAUAUACUUUUUUAAUAAUAACUAACAGUAGCACUAGUACGAAAUGUUACUUAGAUAUUUUUUUAAUCCACAGGCAGCUCGUUAGCAUUAUUUUAAUGAGUAGAAAACCCGAUAAAAAUGUGGUUUUGAAAAAAUUUAUUAGAUAAAAGUUGUUGUUUUUGACGUGAUUGUAAUUCUGUACUUCAGAGCUAACCUGUAUUAAGUGCCAAAAAUUAAAUUUUACAGGAGAGAGAUUUAAAGAUUUAAAUUUUGCUUAUCAUUCCAUAACUUCGAACUCUUACUUCUCCUUGAUAAAAAAAAUAGUAUGAUGUGAAGUUAUACGUCUAUUUUAAUAUUAGGUAUUUUAUUGUAAUUUAAAGAAUAAUUUUCUAUUCGUAUUUUUUUUUCAAAAAAAAUGGAGUUAACACUAUUUGGCACAAACAUGAUUUAGGGAUUUUAUAUUAUAAUAUUUACUAAUUGUGCGAUAAUAUACGAUGAAUGUGGAUAUAAUACUAAAGUAAACCAACAUGAUCUUGAUAUGUGUGGAGUUAAUACUCCGAAGUCAAACUAAUAGAAUAUUAACUCCACAUACACCAGUUUGGUUCGGACUAAAUUGAUGUAACAAGGAACUUAAUACUGUGGAAAUGAUACAUGGUUAAUAUUAAAUACACAUACGAUCGUCUAGCUUGGAGACAGGUUGGGACUUAUUAUUAUUUAGCACUGUCUAUCUUCGAAAGUAUCAUAAGUGGGAGUUAUUACUGUUUAGCACGUGAAAGAACAUAAAAAACAGUGUUGGGCUGUCAAAUAAUCCCAUUUUCGUAAAAAAUGGAGUUAAUACAGUUUAGCUCUGAGGUACAGAAAUAAGUUCAUGUAUAGAUUUUUUUUUAAACAAGCUUUUACUGCCACCAUGCAUUGUCACCCAAACGAAACAUGUAUGCAAAAUUUCAGCUCAAUCAGUUGGGAAUAACUGUUUUAAAAUUCAGUUGCAAGAUUUGACCAUACUAACAAAGCAAGUUAAAUAAAAGCUUUUAAAGAAGCUUGUAAAAUAUUGGCACUUAUUUCUGAGAGACUCUAUAUUAUUUUAAAAACAUUAUUAGGAUAUUUUCUAUAUUUUAACUAAAAAAUACCCAGUAACUAUUAACAAAUGCCAAAAAAAGUUUCCCAAGUAUAGUCUUUCCGAUAUCAAUUGAAGAACCAAGAGGUUGACAGUAUGUACCAUGUUCGGUCGCU